GAUAAAAAAAAAAGGACGCGAUAUUUUACGAUUUUAGAUUAAAGAAAUUUAUUUCGUAAUAGUUGUAAACAAUCGUACAAGUACCGGUUACCUUAUGAUGGUGUUUUUAUCACAUAAUUGCGGUAUAGCUGAUCAAAGCGCGAUUUCCUUUCUUGCCCAACUUAAUCUAAUCAAAGAAGAAGACAGCAUAUUAUUAUUAGUUGAUUGUAAAAAUGCCUGGAGGUUUAGCAACAGAAAUACGUCAUCAUCCAAUGCGAAAUGGUGGUGGUGGCUUCUCCUGUAGCCAGUUCUAUGGAACUGGCUCACCGUCAUCGUUAUUUCAAAAUUUACUUAAGCGAAGUUGCUGCAGCACGACUGCGAAUAUUAAUGUUAAUAUUGAUGAGACGGACAAUAAUACAGCCAGCAACAAUAAUAAUAACGAUUUGUUGCAAAUUGGCAGUUUAAAACCACGCUAUAUAAUGGAUGACGUUUUUCAUCGGGAAGACGAACGGUUGAAGACUUUUGAUAAUUGGCCAUUGGAUUGGUUAAAUAAGAAUGAAUUGGCUAUGACAGGAAUGUUUUAUAUGGGCGAAGAAGAUAAAUGCAAGUGUUAUUUUUGUGAAGUCGAAAUUGGACGAUGGGAACGCGAGGAUCAGCCUAUGUCUGAGCAUUUGCGUUGGUCGCCGAAUUGUCCAUUGUUGCGUCGACGCACCACCAAUAAUGUACCCAUCAGCCCUGAAGCUUUAGAUAGCGUAUUGCCAGCACCUAGUUAUGAUAUCUGCGGCUUAAAUGAUACAAUCGAAGUACGCCCUCAAGCUAUUACUGAUGAAGUGCGACCCAGUACAGCAGCAGCAAGUACCAGUACCGUUGGCAGUGGCAGUGAUUGUAUUUCCUCCACCACAUUUUAUCCGGAAUUUCCCGAGUAUGCAAUUGAGACUGCACGAAUGCGUUCGUUUGCCGAAUGGCCGCGUCACAUGAAACAGAAACCUAAGCAAUUAGUUGAGGCGGGCUUCUUCUAUACCGGUGUGGGCGAUCGCGUGAGAUGUUUCAGUUGCGGUGGCGGCUUGAAGGAUUGGGGUGAAAAUGAUAAUCCAUGGGAGGAGCACGCUUUUUGGAUGAGCAAAUGUCGCUUUUUGAAACUAAUGAAAGGUCAAAACUAUAUAGAUGCCGUGCUAGAUAAACAAAAUAAAAAAGGUAAGGAAGCUGAAAAAUUAACGAAGGCUGAUUGUGAAGAUAGGGAAACAGAAUUGGGACCGGAAACGAUCGCAAUUCCUGCCGCCAAUGCGCAAGCAAAUGGCGCGGCAGCCGCCCCAUCAAUAUUAGAAGAAAAACCGAUUACAAAAUCCAUAAAUGAAAUGAAAGUUAAAUUCUUAACCAGUAUUCCCGAGGAAAAGAUAUGCAAAAUAUGUUAUGCUACCGAAUACAACACGACGUUUUUACCGUGUGGUCAUGUAGUAGCCUGUGCCAAGUGCGCCUCUUCGGUAACGAAAUGCCCAGUGUGCCGAAAACCUUUUACAGAUGUAAUGCGUAUAUAUUUUUCUUAAAAAUGAAUAACCCACAAACUUUGUCUCGAACUCUCCAACCUUGUCUUAUCUAUUCCUAAUUGAAGCACCUUC